GACACCGGGCGUGCAGCACCGACCUGAAGGCGCCUCUUCAGGGGGAGCCCAAAAUUUGAAGAUUCUCUUUCCUGUCGGAGACUCCAAACCAAAUAAAUAGAAAAAACUAUCCAAGAUGACUGUCACUUACUCCAGUAAAGUAGCAAAUGCAACUUUUUUUGGAUUUCAUAGGUUACUCUUCAAGUGGAGAGGCAGCAUCUACAAACUACUGUACAGGGAAUUUAUUGUUUUUGCUGUUCUUUAUACAGCAAUAAGUUUGGUGUACAGAUUGUUACUUACAGGAGCCCAAAAACGUUACUUUGAAAAAUUAUCAAUUUACUGUGACAGAUAUGCUGAACAAAUUCCAGUAACCUUUGUGCUUGGGUUUUAUGUUACUCUGGUAGUGAACCGAUGGUGGAACCAGUUUGUGAAUUUGCCCUGGCCAGACAGGCUAAUGUUCCUCAUCUCCAGCAGUGUUCAUGGAAGCGACGAGCACGGGCGCCUACUUAGAAGGACGCUGAUGCGUUACGUCAAUCUCACCUCCCUGCUCAUCUUUCGCUCGGUGAGCACUGCUGUGUACAAACGGUUUCCCACAAUGGACCACGUGGUUGAAGCAGGUUUUAUGACAGCAGAUGAAAGGAAAUUAUUCAACCACCUCAAGUCUCCUCAUCUGAAAUAUUGGGUUCCAUUCAUCUGGUUUGGAAACCUUGCAACUAAAGCCCGGAAUGAAGGUAGAAUCAGAGACAGUGUUGAUCUGCAAUCAUUGAUGACUGAAAUGAAUCGAUACCGCUCUUGGUGCAGCCUCUUAUUCGGUUAUGACUGGGUUGGGAUUCCGCUGGUUUACACCCAGGUUGUCACUCUCGCUGUCUAUACCUUCUUCUUUGCGUGCCUGAUUGGACGCCAGUUUUUGGAUCCCACCAAAGGCUACGCAGGGCAUGACUUGGAUCUUUACAUUCCAAUCUUCACCCUCCUACAAUUCUUCUUCUAUGCAGGAUGGCUCAAGGUAGCAGAGCAGCUUAUCAACCCUUUUGGAGAAGAUGAUGACGAUUUCGAAACUAACUGGUGCAUUGACAGAAAUUUGCAGGUCUCUCUUUUAGCUGUGGACGAAAUGCACAUGAGCUUACCCAAGAUGAAGAAGGACAUUUACUGGGACGAUUCUGCUGCUCGUCCACCAUACACAUUGGCAGCUGCUGACUACUGCAUACCCUCAUUUCUGGGGUCAACAGUCCAGAUGGGGCUGUCUGGGUCCGACUUUCCUGACGAGGAGUGGCUGUGGAAUUAUGAGAAGCAUGGCCAUCGGCAUUCCAUGAUAAGAAGAGUCAAGCGGUUCCUGAGUGCCCACGAACACCCCUCCAGCCCCAGAAGAAGAAGCUAUAGAAGGCAGACAAGUGACAGCUCCAUGUUCUUACCCCGAGAUGACCUCAGCCCAGCCAGGGAUCUACUGGAUGUGCCCUCAAGAAACCCCCACAGGGCCUCACCCACCUGGAAGAAAUCCUCCUUCCCAGAAGGAAGCCCCACGCGGCGCUCCAGCAUGGGAGAGCUGUCCACCAUCAGGGAGACCAGCCAGACAAGCACUUUACAGAGCCUGACCCCACAGUCCAGUGUGAGAACCUCACCCAUCAAAAUGCCACUGGUGCCCGAAGUAUUGAUCACAGCGGCCGAAGCUCUGGUGCCCACUUCAGACAGCUACCACCAUGACUCUGCUACCUCCAUCUUGAGCUCUGAGUUUACAGGGGUUCAGCCAAGCAAGACUGAGCAGCAGCAGGGCCCCAUGGGGUCCAUCCUGUCUCCUUCAGAGAAGGAAACACCUCCUAGAGGCCCCAGUCUCCAGACUGUUUCAGCCAGUGCGGAGGAAAAUAUAUUCAACUGUGAAGAAGAUCCUGGUGAUACCUUUCUAAAAAGGUGGAGCUUUCCAGGAUUCCGGGAGUCCAGCCACACUUCCCUAGGAAACCUAAGUCCAGACCUCAUGAGCUCUCAGCCAGCUCUUUUAAUUGACACAGAAACAUCCUCAGAGAUCAGUGGGAUCAACAUUGUGGCUGGCUCUCGAGUCUCUCCUGAUAUGCUGUAUUUAAUGGAAAACCUGGACACUAAGGAAACAGAUAUCAUAGAGCUGAACAACAGGGAAACUGAGGAAUCACCCAAAUGAGUGCCACAAAGUCCUAGGACCUGGUUCUGGCCUAGAUUCUUAUCUCCCCAAAAGCAGCAUUAGUCCCAGGACAUACCUGAAGGCUGGUUAACUUUUUAAAAACGUGAUCACACUAUAUAAGCUACUUAGAGCUUUGAAGGGCAUUAUGAUCCUGACUUUUUGAGAACUGCAAAAAAUCAAAUGCAUUCACGUCAUCCAUCACAACAUGGCUUUCAUUGGAAUCUGAAAUAAGGAAUAAGGAAUAAGGAAUCUGAAAAAUAUACACGACUUAUAAAUUCAUAGAUUAUUUGCUGUGGAAAGAGUCUCAUAAAUCAUAGUCCAAUGCCCUAGACCUAAAGGCCCAGACACAUAGGGUUCUCUAUUUCUCUUCUUUUUUCUCUUUCUUCUUCUCUUUAGCCAUAAAGAAAGGAGAUGGAUCACGUAAUGCCUGAAAGACCCCCUCCUUCCUAACUUUUUUGUUUGAGGCUUUCUAACCAUCUUAUUCCUACUUUCCUAUAACUAUUAUUGUUAUUAUCACUUCCUGAUUCUUAAGUUUCGUCAGCACCAGAACACUUCAUUCUCUUCCAUUUCCUUUUCUACUUUUCUCUCUUUCUCCUUUAUUCUGUCAUCCUUUUUUUUCCCUUCCCUUCUCCCUGGUUAUGCUGCUUUUCUAGUGACUCUAAUCUGUCCCAUUUUUCAGGUUAUAAUAUUUCCUCUUGCCAAAUCUGUUGCUUACAUCUUGCCAUGAAUUUCAAAAUAUAAGACAUUGGCAAAGCCUCCUACAGAAUCAUCAAAGGUGUCAAUGAAUCCAGCCUGAUACCCUUCCAGCCUUACUUCCAGUGGAAGGCAUAUAGGAGUAAUGGUUCCCCCCACGCCCUUGCAGCCAUUGCCAUUUCUUUCUGCUUCCACUCUUUGGUCUUGGGCACUGGAGAAAAAGGAAGCCAAGAGAAUAUGAAAUUUGCAUAGCCAAAUGCUAUGGAACCAAAGAAUAAGAUGACUCAUGUCUGUUUAACUCGAACUCUUAUGCAAAAAUCCCAAUCAUGUUGCAACAUGGGACCAGUUACUGUGUCUAUCGGGUCAUUUGGGAAUGAGGUAGGAUGCUGGGCUGGGUGGCUAAUGGGGUCCAGGGCUGCAUAAUGGCGACCGGAUGUUGGUACUCCUCCCAAGGAGCUCUCAGGACGGCUGUUUGUCGUGGGCUUCCAAGUGCCUAGGCCAUGCCUUACGACUGCUGCACUUACCAUUUGUCAUAUGAUGACACUUGACUACAUAUGGCUUUAGAAAUAAAAUCACCCUCAUAACUA